AUGCUUCCUACAACUUGUGCCCAAGUCAACCCAUCGUCAAAAGUUGAAGGAAAGACAGUAAAGGCUCAGAUCUGGGACACUGCAGGACAAGAGCGGUACAGAGCCAUCACAAGCGCUUAUUACAGAGGUGCAGUAGGUGCAUUUCUUGUCUAUGACAUCACCAAAAGAUACUCUUUUGACAAUGCCUUAAGGUGGCUACGCGAACUAAGAGACCAUGCAGAUUCCAACAUUGUGAUCAUGAUGGCUGGUAACAAAUCUGAUCGAAACCACUUCUCUUAA